AUGUCGGAGACUUCCUCCCAUGAUUCCUUCUACGAUUCUUUAUCAGACAUGCAGGAAGAAAGCAAGACUGCUGACUUCUUCCCCGAGCUAUCUGCCUUUCUCAGUCAGGAAGAGAUAAACAAGAGUCUUGACCUGGCGCGCAGGGCUAUAGUGGACUCUGAGACAGAAGAAUGUGACUCAGAAAAGGAGAUCUCGCAGAUUUUCAACACCUCUCCUGGAAACCUCUGUGAAAAUCCUUCCAACCUGGAGACUAAGUCCAGUGAGCCAACCUCCACAAGGGGGCCUUCGGGGAGCAGGCCAAGCCCGGAGCAGCCUCUGCCCCAAGAACCAACAGAGAGUUUCCUUUCACCUGUUUCAAAGAGGAAAGCUGCCCAGUCCCCGCUGCUGGCCAGCCCCAGUUAUAUCCGGAGCCUCCGGAAGACUGAGAAACAUGGUGCAAAAACUCCUGACACCAACAUGAAGCCUAAGCCCGCCUCUCCAGGGAAGGCAGGUCCCCAGAGCGAGCUGUGUGACAAGACAGCUAAUAUCAUCGAGGAGCUGACAUCCAUCUUCAGAGAAGCAGCAAAGCCCAGAAACAGAAGCCCCAAUGGAGAGUCCUCUUCCCCAGAUAGCGGGUACCUGUCUCCCCACAAUCAUCCAUCGGCCCUGAUGAGCGCCUCAGCCAGUCAGAGCCCCAUGGAAGACCAGCAGGAGCUGGAAGCCGAGGCCAAGCCCCCCGAGGCCGGGCUGGGUUACCUGGCUGGCCAGGAGGUGGCCGCCCCAGACAACAGCAUCUCAAACCCACAGCCCCAGAAUACAUCUCACCUUCUCUCACCUCCUCGAUUCAUCCAGAAGCUGAGGAGUCAAGAAGUGGAGGAAGGAAGUCGAGUCUAUUUGGAGUGCAGAGUCACCGGAAACCCACCACCUCGAGUCAGGUGGUUCUGUGAGGGCAAAGAGCUGUUCAACACGCCUGAUGUUCAGAUCCACUGUGAGGGUGGGGACCUGCAUACCCUGACCAUCGCCGAGGCCUUCGAGGACGACACAGGUCGCUAUUCGUGUCUGGCUACAAACCCCAGCGGCUCCGACACCACGUCUGCCGAGGUGUUCAUUGAAGGUGCCAGUUCAACAGAUUCUGACAGUGAAAGCUUAGUUUUCAAAUCAAAACCUGGAGCUAUGCCACAAGCUCAAAAGAAAACAACUUCUGUUUCCUUGACAAUAGGAUCAUCAUCUCCAAAGACAGGUGUGACCACAGCUGUGAUUCAGCCAUUGUCUGUCCCUGUUCAACAGGUUCACAGUCCAACGUCGUAUCUGUGCAGGCCUGAUGGAAACCCUUCUGCCUUCUUUCCUCCUGUCUUCACAAAGGAACUGCAAAACAUAGCAGCGUCUGAGGGCCAGGUGGUGGUUCUGGAGUGCCGCAUCCGAGGAGCACCCCCUUUGCAGGUCCAGUGGUUCCGACAAGGGAGUGAAAUACAGGACUCUCCGGACUUCAGAAUUCUACAGAAAAAACCUAGAUCUACAGCUGAACCUGAGGAGAUCUGUACCCUGGUGAUCGCAGAGACUUUUCCUGAAGAUGCGGGGAUCUUUACAUGCUCGGCAAGAAAUGAUUAUGGAUCUGUAACCAGUACCGCCCAGCUGCUUGUCACAUCAGCCAACACUGAAAACUGUAGCUAUGACUCAGUGGGAGACGCCAACAACGAUCUCUUCCAAAACUUGCCUCCUCCCCCUCCACUCUUGGAAACAAGCUCCUUUGAGUUGGCAUCAAAGAAACCAGCUGAGAUCCAGCAGGUGAACAGCCCUGAGUUAGGACUGAGCAGGGCAGCCCUUCAAAUGCAGUUCAGUUCUGCUGAGAGGGAAGCCAACGGCGUCCAUCCCAGCCAUGGAGUAAAUGGACUGAUUAACGGCAAAGCUAACACUAAUAAAUCUCUUCCUGCUCCAGCUGUCCUGCUCUCACCCACUAAGGAGCCGCCACCUCUGCUUGCCAAACCCAAACUGGGGUUUCCAAAGAAGACCAACAGAACUGCUAGAAUAGCCUCUGAUGAGGAGAUUCAAGGCUCAAAAGAUGCUGUCAUUCAAGACCUGGAAAGGAAGCUUCGCUUCAAGGAGGAUCUCCUGAACAACGGCCAGCCGAGAUUAACGUAUGAAGAAAGAAUGGCUCGCCGAUUACUAGGUGCUGACAGUGCAACUGUUUUUAAUAUUCAGGAGCCAGAAGAGGAAGUAGCUCAUCAGGAAAUUGGGUCUCCUCAUGCUACUACUGUAGGGAGUCCUCAGGAUGGUCAAAAGGAAUACAAAGUCUCCAGUUGUGAACAGAGACUCAUCAGUGAAAUCGAGUACAGACUAGAAAGGUCUCCUGUGGAUGAGUCGGGUGAUGAGGUUCAGUAUGGAGACAUGCCAGUGGAAAAUGGCAUGGCACCCACCUUUGAGAUGAAGCUGAAACAUUACAAGAUCUUUGAGGGGAUGCCCGUAACUUUCACGUGCAGAGUGACUGGGAAUCCAAAGCCAAAGAUCUACUGGUUUAAGGAUGGGAAACAGAUCUCUCCAAAGAAUGAUCACUACAUCAUUCAAAAAGAUCUUGACGGGACCUGCUCUCUGCACACCACAGCCUCCACCCUCGAUGAUGAUGGGAAUUACACCAUUAUGGCUGCCAACCCUCAGGGCCGAAUCAGUUGUACUGGACGACUAAUGGUACAGGCUGUGAACCAGAGAGGCCGCAGUCCCCGCUCUCCAUCAGGCCAUCCUCAUGUCAGAAGACCUCGUUCCAGAUCAAGGGACAGUACAGAUGAAAAUGAACCAAUUCAGGAGCGAUUCUUCAGACCUCACUUCUUACAGGCUCCAGGAGAUCUGACUGUUCAAGAAGGAAAGCUCUGCAGAAUGGACUGCAAAGUCAGUGGGUUACCCACCCCAGAUCUAAGCUGGCAACUGGAUGGCAAGCCAAUACGCCCUGACAGUGCCCACAAGAUGCUGGUGCGUGAGAAUGGGGUGCACUCUCUCAUCAUCGAGCCCGUCAGCUCCAGAGAUGCUGGCAUCUACACGUGUACCGCCACCAAUCGGGCAGGCCAGAACUCAUUCAGCCUGGAGCUCGUGGUUGCUGCUAAGGAAGCACAUAAGCCACCUGUAUUUUUGGAAAAACUACAAAACACAGGAGUUGCUGACGGGUACCCAGUGCGACUGGAAUGCCGUGUUUCAGGAGUGCCACCACCACAAAUCUUUUGGAAGAAAGAAAAUGAGUCACUCACUCACAACACUGACCGAGUGAGCAUGCACCAGGAUAAUUAUGGCUACAUCUGCCUGCUCAUUCAAGGAGCCACAAAAGACGACGCGGGGUGGUAUACAGUGUCGGCCAAGAAUGAAGCGGGGAUUGUGUCCUGUACUGCCAGGCUGGACGUGUACACCCAGUGGCAUCAGCAGCCACAGAGCACCAAACCAAAAAAAGUUCGGCCCUCAGCUAGUCGCUAUGCUGCACUUUCAGAUCAGGGACUAGACAUCAAAGCAGCGUUUCAACCUGAAGCCAACCCAUCUCACUUGACAUUGAAUACCGGCUUGGUAGAAAGCGAGGACCUGUAAUCCAGGCUUCUUGUUGAAGCUGAAACAGCUAUUGCCUUGACCAAUGUGUUCCUAUGUUACAUUUAUGUUAAAGGUAAAAACAUACCUUUGACUAUAAGAAAU